AUGAUAUUCGGGCAAUUCUCAGUCACAUUCAGUAAGUAUCUCUUCUCGCUGUCCGGUCCUUGUAGUGCUUUUCUACCGUUCAUCAGUUCAUUACUGGUUGGCUUAACACUUCUUCGGAGUCCCUUGUCAUUUGUGCCUCAUGCCAAAUUUUUCUCUGUUUAUAAACACCUCACUUUUCAUGUAAUUGCCGCUUUUCACGCCCACAGAUUUCUUAUCAGAGAUGCUUGUGAACACCUUAUUGGUUCUCCUGUGGACCAUCCCCUUUGGUAUUUGGCUGUGGAAGUGUCUGCUCAGCGUCAUUGCCAUGUCCUCCUGAUUGUUUGCUCUCAUUCUCUUUCUAUUCUCACCAGUUCGACUCUGCAUCCUUUGCUAACAUACCAAAUUUGGGACCCGUUGCUACGUCAAGUUCACCGUCCCAGGCUGUUGGGUAACCGGAUUGAAUUUUCAACGAUAUUAGGAAAAGCCGGAGAGGCUAGUCUCUUCGCUCUUUUCCCCAGUUCCUCUGGUCCCUCAUUCCUUUCCUGGGCCAGUCUCAUGAAGCCUCUCAUGACCUCUAUUGCUGUUCCCUCAUCUGCAUACUCUGCAGCGUUCCUCUAA